CUCCACUUAAGGAAAAGCUGUACCGUGCUUCCUUCCGGAAGUGGCAUCUACCUGUGCAAGAGAGUAGUCAUGCAGCCGCCACCCCAGGCGGUCCCGUCUGGCGCUGCUGGGCCACCCCCAGCCGGGAACCCUCGGAGCAUGUUCUGGGCUGGCAGCCCUUAUAGGAGGCGAGCGAAUAACAGUGCACCAGUGGCUCCGCCCACUUGCCCGUUGCAGCCGGUGACAGAUCCGUUUGCUUUUAGUAGACAGGCGCUCCAAAGCACACCGCCGUUCAAAAGCAGCCCACCUGUCCUGCAGGGCCCAGCUGCCCCUGGGUUUUCUCAGCAGCCCGGUUUGCUUAUGCCUCACACGCAAGCCAGGGACGGCUCUCAGGGACCCUGCGGGCCCCUGCCGGGACCUCUGCCACAACCCAGAGCAGAUGCCACUCUGCUUUCUGGUACAUCAGCAUCUUCAGCACCUCAUGGGCCUGAGCUGAACAGAAGUGCAGAGGGCGGUCCCAGGUCAGAGCCUGAAGUUCAGACCCCGCCACAUCCGCCUCACUGCAUUCCAGGAGUGGAUCCCGAAACGUCUCAUGGGGGCCAUCCUCAGGGGAACACACCUGGGCUCGACCGACCCCUAAGCAGGCAAAACCCACAUGACGGUGUGGUUACCCGAGCGGCGUCACCUUCCCUGCCCCAGCCUCAUCUGCAGAUGCCGGGACAGUGGGGGCCCGUGCAGCCCUCAGGGCAACAUCGUUCACCCUGCCCUGAAGGACCCACUCAGAGCGGGAUGCCUGGUGCCACCGGCAUUCCUCAUUUCCCUGCUCCGUCCAUCCUGCAUCAGGGCCCUGGUCACGAGCAACACAGCCCGCUAGUGGCUCCCCCGGCCGCCUUGGCCAUUGACGGAAGAGACGAGGUGGGCCAUUUGCAAAGUGGAAGCCACCUGGCCAGUAACUUUGACCCUGAAAAUACUUCAUUUAGGCAAAAUCCUAGAAUUGUGAAUAAUUGGGCAAGCCCGGAGCUCAGGCAGAAUCCAGGAGUGAAGAAGGAGCACCGGCCCGCCUCUGCUCUUGUGAACCGCCUUGCCCAGGGAGAUAGCCCAGAAAACCACUCGCACUAUCCACUGGGGGCAGGGCCUGGCCGCGCCCCGCUGGAAGCAGACUCGGGAGCUCUGGCGAUGUUUUUCCAAGGGGAAGAGACAGAAAAUGAGGAGAAUCUGUCGUCUGAAAAGGCGGGCUCAUCUGGUCAGGCAGACUUUGACGAUUUCCGCUGCAGCUCUGCACUGGGCCAUCCACUCCCACCUGCACACCCGGGGGCAGGCGGCCUCUGCCAGGCCCUUCUCCCAGGUGCCAGCAGUGAGGCCGCUGGUGAUGUGUGGGGUGAUGCAGCGGGCACAGGGGUGCUGGACACCAACGGCUCGCAGUAUGAGAAUGUUGAGAACUUAGAAUUCAUUCAGAAUCAGGAAGUUCUGCCAAGUGAGCCCCUCAAUUUGGACUCUUCUUCCCCGAGUGACCAGUUCAGAUGUGGGCCCCUUCCUGGGCCAGCAGUGCCCAGGCAUGGUGCUGUGUGCCAUGCCGGAGCCCCUGAUGCCACAGUGCACGUAGUGAACCCUGACGGCGUGGCAUCUGGCUAUAGCAGCAGAAGCCACACGAGGCUUUCGAGCUCAGCCAGGCCCCAGGAACUGGUGGGCACAUUCAUUCAGCAAGAAGUUGGAAAACCCGAGGAGGAAGCUUCAGGUAGUUUUUUUAAGCAAAUUGAUUCCUCUCCCAUAGGAGGCGAAACAGAUGAGACCACUGUGAGCCAGAAUUACCGUGGCAGUGUGUCCCAGCCUUCAACCCCAAGCCCCCCAAAACCCACAGGAAUAUUUCAGACAAGUGCAAAUAGCUCUUUUGAACCAGUAAAAUCCCACUUAGUUGGGGUAAAACCAUUUGAGGCAGAUCGCGCCAAUGUGGUGGGUGAAGUAAGGGAGACCUGUGCCCAGCAGAAGCAGCGCAGACCAGCUGCUGCCCUGCCUGGUGCUUCCCCUGGCAACCUGGAGCAGCCACCAGACAACAUGGAGACCCUCUGUGCACCCCAGGCCUGCCCUCUGCCUCUCAGCUCUGCCACGGAACCCGGGCACAUGGCUCCACACACAGGGGCACCGCUGUUGGAUACUGUGAAUCCAGCCCCUGAGAAGAGGCCUUCGGCCAGGGCCCAGGGGCCCAGGAAGUGCGAGAGCCCAGCGACGACUCUGUGGGCGCAGAGCGAGCUGCCAGACUUCGGAGGCAACGUCCUCCUGGCCCCUGCAGCCCCAGCGCUUUAUGUGCCUGCAAAACCUCAGCCACCUGAAGUUGUUCAGCCUCCAGAAGAGGCGGCGUCCGGGCAGCGGUCACAGAAGCCAAGCUUGGCGGCCCCUUUGCAGAGCCGAGGUGGCAUUGGUGCUUCUGAGAACCUUGAGAACCCUCCCAAAAUGGGAGAAGAGGAGGCCCUUCAGUCCCAGGCGAGUUCUGGUUAUGCCAGUUUGUUAUCCUCACCGCCCACUGAGUCUCUGCAGAAUCCGCCUGUCUUGAUUGCCCAGCCUGAUCACAGCUACCAUCUGGCUCAGCCCAUUCACUUUUCUGUGUCCUUACCGAACCCUAAUGAGAAGAAUCAGUCCUGGAGAGAGACUUUGGUGGGGAAUAGACCCGCAGUCAGCAGCUGGGCUCUCAGCGGUGAUUCUGGGGAGAACGCUUCUCUGUCUGGGAUUCCAACCAGCUCUGUGCUUAGCUUGUCUCUGCCUAGUAGUGUUGCCCAGAGUAAUUUUCUGCAAGGUUCUGGUGCUUCUGAAAUGGUUUCUAAUCAGCCUGCCAAUUUGCUGGUUCAACCACCAUCCCAGCCAGUUACAGAGAACCUGGUUCCAGAAAGUCAGAAGGAUGCUAAGGCAGGAAGUGCUCUUGCCGGGUUUGCUAAUAGCCCUGCGGGAAGCACAAGUGUGGUGUUAGUUCCACCUGCGAACUGCACCCUCGUGCCUGAUGGUGAUAAGGCAAACCAUUCCAGUCACCAGGAAGACGCUUACGGAGCCCUGGACUUUAGCCUAGGCAGGACUGUGGAAAACCCAUCCCUUCCUGAAGACCUCGCUUCUCAGCAAGCUGCUGCCAGUCAUCCCAGACAGUCCGGGCCCGGGGUGCCUAACCCUGACUGUUUUUAUCAGCAGGUCGUGAAAGAUGCCCAGGGCCAGCCUGGCCUCGAAAAAGCCCCCCAGCAACAGGCUUCUUCCCCACAAGUGCCCAAAGCCAUGUUUUCAGAGCUGUCAAAUCCAGAAAGUCCGCCAGCACAGGGGCAGUCCCAGAACUCAGCCCAGCCACCAGCAAGUCUGGCUCCGGCCGACGCGGGUCAGCAGCUGCCGCCUCGGCCGCCUCAGUCCUCCAGUGUGUCGCUGGUGUCCGCCGGCUCCAGCCAGGCAGCCGUGCCAUCAGAGCAGCCGUGGCCACAGCCGGUGCCUGUGCUUGCUCCGGGCCUGCCGCCUCCGGACCUGGCCGCCUACUACUACUACCGGCCUCUGUACGACACCUACCAGCCUCAGUACCCCUCGCCGUACCCGCCGGAGCCUGGCGCGGCCUCCCUCUAUUACCAGGACGUCUACGGUCUCUAUGAGCCUCGAUACAGGCCCUACGACAGCGCAGCGUCCGCCUACGCCGAGAACUACCGCUACCCCGAGCCCGAGCGGCCCAGCUCCCGAGCCAGCCACUCGUCAGAGCGGCCACCUCCCAGGCAGGGGUAUCCUGAAGGGUACUAUGGUUCCAAAAGUGGAUGGAGCAGUCAAAGCGAUUACUACGCAAGCUACUACUCUAGCCAGUGCAGCUACGGAGAUCCAGGUCACUGGGAUCGUUACCACUACAAUGCUAGAGCCAGGGACCCCCGCACCUAUGACCGGAGGUACUGGUGUGAGGCGGAGUAUGACACGUACCGGAGAGAGCACUCUGCCUACGGAGACAGGCCUGAGAAACGUGACAGCAACUGGAGAUAUGACCCUCGCUUCACGGGGAGUUUUGACGAUGACCCUGAUCCCCAUAGAGACCCUUAUGGGGAAGAGGUGGACCGGCACAGCGUCCACAGCGAACAGUCGGCGCGGAGCCUGCACAGCGCACACAGCCUGGCCAGCCACCGCAGCAGCCUCAGCUCCCACUCGCGCCAGAGUCAGAUUUACAGAAGCCACAACAUGACCGCCAGUUCCUACGAGGCCCCACUUCUUCCAGGCUCCUUUCAUGGUGAUUUCGCCUACGGCCCCUACCGCAGCAAUUUCAGCAGUGGCCCGGGCUUCCCAGAUUAUGGCUAUCCUGCAGACACCGCCUGGCCGGCUUUGGAGCAAGUUUCAUCAAGACCAACUUCUCCUGAGAAAUUUUCAGUGCCUCAUGUCUGUGCCAGGUUUGGCCCUGGCGGUCAGCUUAUCAAGGUGAUUCCCAAUCUGCCUUCGGAAGGACAGCCGGCCCUUGUCGAGGUCCACAGCAUGGAGGCCCUGCUGCAGCACACAUCCGAGCAGGAGGAGAUGCGGGCGUUUCCAGGACCCCUGGGCAAAGACGACACCCAUAAAGUGGAUGUUAUUAAUUUUGCACAGAACAAAGCCGUGAAAUGUUUGCAGAAGGAAAAUUUAAUUGACAAGGAGUCUGCAAGUCUCCUUUGGAAUUUUAUCGUUCUCCUCUGCAGGCAGAACGGGACCGUGGUAGGGACUGACAUUGCGGAGCUUCUGUUACGAGACCACAGAACAGUGUGGCUUCCUGGGAAGUCGCCCAAUGAGGCCAACCUGAUUGAUUUCACGAAUGAGGCAGUGGAGCAGGUGGAAGAGGAGGAGUCCGGCGAGGCCCAGCUCUCCUUCCUCACUGGUGGUCCCACGGCUGCAGCCAACUCGCUGGAGAGAGAAACCGAGAGGUUCCGGGAGCUGUUGCUGUAUGGCCGUAAGAAGGAUGCUUUGGAGUCUGCCAUGAAGAACGGCUUGUGGGGUCAUGCUCUGCUGCUUGCAAGUAAGAUGGACAACCGGACGCACGCCCGAGUCAUGACCAGGUUUGCCAACAGCCUCCCAAUCAACGAUCCCCUGCAGACUGUCUACCAGCUCAUGUCCGGGCGGAUGCCCGCCGCGUCCACGUGCUGUGGAGAUGAGAAAUGGGGAGAUUGGAGGCCGCAUCUCGCCAUGGUCUUGUCCAACUUGAACAACAACGUGGACGUCGAGUCCAGGACGAUGGCCACCAUGGGCGACACUCUGGCUUCCAAGGGCCUCUUAGAUGCUGCACACUUCUGCUACCUUAUGGCCCAGGUUGGAUUUGGGGUUUAUACAAAGAAAACUACAAAACUUGUUUUAAUCGGAUCAAAUCACAGUUUACCAUUCUUAAAGUUUGCAACCAAUGAAGCGAUCCAGAGGACGGAGGCCUAUGAGUACGCCCAGUCCCUGGGGGCCCAGACCUGCUCCCUGCCCACUUUCCAGGUGUUUAAGUUCAUCUACUCCUGCCGCCUGGCGGAAAUGGGGCUGGCCACGCAAGCCUUCCACUACUGCGAGGCCAUCGCGAAGAGCAUCCUGACGCAGCCGCACCAGCACUCCCCGGUGCUCAUCAGCCAGCUUGUGCAGAUGGCUUCCCAGUUACGACUCUUUGAUCCCCAGCUGAGAGAGAAGCCAGAAGAGGAGUCCUUGACCGCACCUGCCUGGCUGGUUCACCUGCAGCAGGUGGAGCGGCAGAUCAAGGAGGGGGCCAUGGUGUGGCCUCAGGACGGAGCCUUCCCACAGCAGUGUCCCGGCACGCCAAGCUCCGAGGUGGAGCCGUUGGAGGGGCCAGGAGUCAGUCAGCCAGUGGCCCUGGGGAUCGCCAACCCACUGCUGGCGGUGCCCACGCCGAGCCCUGAGCACUCGAGCCCAAGCGUGCGGCUGCUGCCCUCAGCUCCGCAGAUGCUCCCUGACGGCCCAUUGGCCAGUCCUGCCAGUGUGCCAAUGUUCCCAGUGCCACCGCCCCCAGGGCCCCUGGAGCCGGGUCCUGGCUGUGUGACCACAGGGUCUGCACUUGGCUUCCCAGAUUCCUCCAGGCCUGAUCCUGCAACUCUGGGCCUGGGGCCUGGCCUGCCGCCUGGCGUGCCACCUCUUCAGGAAAGGAGACAGCUGCUUCAGGAAGCCAGGAGCCCAGACCCAGGGACGGUGCUGCAGGAGGCGCCUGUUGGAAACUCACUCUCGGAGCUAAGCGAAGAAAAUUUUGCUGGAAAAUUUGCUAAUCGGCCGCUGAUCUCCAGUGAACGCCCGCGUUCAGAGGUGCCCCCAGGGUGGGAUCAUGCUGACUCGGGUCCCACGCAGCCACCUCUGUCUCUCUCACCCACUCCCGAAACGAAGAGACCCGAACCAGCCGCCAAGAAGGAGACGAAGGACGCUAAGAAGAGUGAAUCCUGGUUCUCUCGUUGGCUACCUGGGAAGAGAAGGACAGAAGCUUAUUUGCCAGAUGACAAGAACAAAUCGAUUGUUUGGGAUGAAAAGAAAAACCAGUGGGUGAAUUUAAAUGAGCCAGAAGAGGAGAAGAAGGCUCUUCCCCCACCUCCAACCUCGUUUCCCAAGACUGUACCAGCUGCCCCGCCUGGCCUCGCAGGGCCUCCUGGAGGGCCCGUGAACAUGUUCUCUAGAAGAGCAGCUGGAACCAGAGCUCGCUACGUUGACGUCCUGAACCCCAGCGGGGCCCAGCGGAGCGAGCCGGCUCUUGCUCCUGCGGACUUUGUCGCUCCGCUUGCACCACUCCCGAUUCCCUCUAACUUGUUCGUGCCAAGUGCAGAUGCAGAAGAACCACAGCUUCCAGACGGGGCUGGCAGGGAAGGACCAGCACCAGCUAGGGGCCUGGCCAACCCAGAGCCUGCCCCGGAGUCCAAGCAGGUUUUAAGUUCUGCAGCAUCACUCCCUGGCUCUGAGUUCCCCUCCUCCAGGCCCGAGGGGUCCCAGGGAGGAGAGCUUUCACGCUGUAGUUCAAUGAGUUCAUUAUCACGUGAAGUGAGCCAGCACUUUAAUCAGGCUCCUGGUGACCUCCCUGCUGCAGGGGGCCCUCCCGGCGGGGCCGUGCCCUUCUACAACCCUGCUCAGCUGGCACAGGCCUGCGGCGCCUCUGGGAGCUCAAGGCUAGGACGGAUCGGCCAGAGGAAGCACCUGGUGCUGAACUAGGCUCGCCCCGCUGUGAACUUGCACUUGGAGCCCUGACACUGCUGUUCUCCCCAAGAACCCGACUGACCGCCGUGACCGCUGCCCUGUCCCCAGGGAGACACAGCUGUGAUGCCGAGCUGGUGGCACGUUGUGCCUCCCGCUCCCCACCCAUCCUAAUGAAAUAUUUUGAAAAUUAAUUCCACCGUCCUUUCAGGUGCUGUUGAAAGACUGAACCUUUGACUCAGAAGUGUUUGCUGAAAAGAAUGACGUGACUUUCUUAGUCAUUUCGGGGGAUUAAAGGGUGUGGUAUUCCUGCUCGUUUAAGAAUGCUCCGUUCCUGACGCUGGAGCUGUCUCUGCCACAGGAGAGCCACGCGCUCGCUAGUAACCAGGGCCUGCCUCUCCAAGCUCAGCAGUGAGUCCCGCGCUUCCUUUAAGGCGCCGGGAGCAAAGAGCGACUGGCUGAGGGGGACCCCGAACCCCGCUCUGCACCAGCGGGACCCUCGCCGUGUCUGGACCUGGCUGAAUGAGUGGAGGGCGCUGUCAGUCAGCGUCUCGGGGAGCCGCAGGGUUCUUCGAGCAUCAGUUCACAGCUUUUGAGAGAGGCCCUAGUUACUGAAGUGCAUUUCUUCCCUGCUGCAAAGAUGUUUCUAGCCUCACUUUCCUUUCUGUGCCCUGAUUAGGACCAUGGGUGAUUUUGUGCACCCAAAGUGCUGGCCACUGCCCACCCACCAGGUGUGGCCCAGUCACUGGGAAGGAGCCCCAGAGAGCCGACUGUCCGACGUGAUGGCUCUGGGUGGCCAUCCGGGGUGAAAACGCGACUGUGAUGUUUGCUUUGGGCUUCGUUUUGGGUGUAGGAGCUGCUCAGACUCACUGUUAAGGAGGCUGGAUGCGGUUCUCUAAACAGCUGCCCUUCCCCCUUCUGUGAGCACUUUCCGUGCUGCAGUCCAUGUGACCCACUUUCUCACCCGGGGGGACACUGGCUCGGGGGUCGGUAGCAUCUUGGGGACAGCAGCUCUGGAACCUGAUAUUUCUGCCCCGAUGUCGCCACACUGAGACUUA